AUGUUCAACUUUACUGCGCCUGGAGAGCUGUGUGAAAAGCAGCGAAACGCGAGUACAAUUAUGGGUUCAAGCUACACAGCGGGUUCAGGAGCUCUUCAAGAGUUUAUGAGUUGCGGUCUACUAUCCUUCCCAUGUACUGAGUCCUUACCGUCACUCUAUCCGUACUCUAUGGAACAAACCUACUUGUCUUCGACCUCGGUACAAAAUGCUGAAUCUCACGGGUCGUCUUCUUCAAGUAUGUUCCCCCCAUUCUUUGAAUCGGUGAACUCGUCUCUCAUGUCGCCGCAACUAUCAGCUGGUCAUUCUUGUCUGCCCGAAUCUCAAGCCAAUCAGGAUGGUCAUUCUCCUUCUUCAUACGAUGGUACAGGUCCUUUGAUGAGAGGAUUCGGUCCAGGCAAUGCCUGGUCAGCAAUGACAUCUAAUCACUCCCAAAUAGCAGAUACUUUUGCCGGACUUGGUUUGAGCAACGAAUUGGCCAUGAUGACGGGAAGAUCCAGUCUGAGGUCAGACGAAGUCGCAUCUAAAACCACGCUACCCUUAUGCUCCAUCAGAGGAUUCCCCAGCAUUCACAACACAACCCCACCCGAAGGGCAAUUUACGUCAUUUCCCGGACCAACGUCUGACACAUUUCGAAGCGCCUCUUCGGCUAGUACAUAUGCAUUCGGACUGUCUACACGCGCCGGGUCCAGCACGAACUACAUAAUGGGGUCAACUCGGCAGGGUCCGUCUGCCGCAAAUGAUACCAACUUCAAUGUAACACGUGCCAAUCAUGGAGGGCACAUGUUUUCAGACACAUACGAUAACUGUACACCCAAAAUACGCUCACAAACUAGUCGAUGCUCUAAAAGCAUUGAAAGCAGAUGCAAACGAAAACGAUUCGCGAGUAACUUACCCCAGGCUGCAGAAUCCUCAAGUGAUUCCCGUAUCAGACCGGAUCCUUUGCCAGACAACAACAGACUGCACCAGGUGACAAACUUCUCAAAACCAGUGUAUUCAACUAAUGAGCUACGAUAUCCCAAGCAUCCCUUGUUAGACGAACUCCCGGCCAAGUAUGGUAGCAAGCUUUCUAAAACAUCUGAGGUCACCGGAGCAAUUUCUCUUCUAUCUGGCUUUGAUUACUCAUCCGCCUACUCGAAGCAUUCGCCAGCAAAUACUGCAGGACAGUGGCGACCACAGUUUAUCCAUUCAAAAACGUUUCACUCUAAAAAUAUCCGCUUCUUUACUGCAGGUUCAGGCCAAAUCCAGCUGUGGCAAUUCCUGCUCGAACUGCUGUCUGAUUCGCGAAAUAUCGCAUGCAUUACGUGGGAAGGAACUAAUGGGGAAUUCAAACUUGUCGAUCCCGACGAAGUCGCAAGACGCUGGGGAGAAAGAAAAUCUAAACCAAAUAUGAAUUACGACAAACUGAGUCGAGCUCUGCGCUACUACUAUGACAAGAAUAUCAUGUCCAAAAUUAAUGGCAAGCGUUAUGCCUACAAGUUUGAUUUUGCUGGUUUGGCACAAGCAAUGCAACCACCAUCCUGCGGGACUCCUCCAUCGGCUGAAUCAUUUGGUGCUUCAGACCAACAUGCUCUGGCUUCUUUAUUGAUACCAGGUAAUUCUGGAUUGAGCGAACAACUUCCGCGUUCCGGAUUAACACAGUCCCUUGGUUCCUACCCGACAUUGCUUUUACCCAACCAACUGACUUCGCCAGCGACCCAUCGAUUUUCUCAAUCGAACCUCAUCAGUGUAAGUAAUGAAGCCACCAAUAACCCACUGAACACUACAGCCUGGGCAGGCGCAACUCGUGGAGGUUAUCAAGAACCCUACACCAACCCCGUGCUAUCCACUCUACGCGACUACGGUACUUCAAACACUGCUGCCGACUUGCAAAAUGCAGGUGCUAACUACGCCUUGUCGAAUGGCAGACAUACUCCAGUUGCACCCAGACCAUUCAAUACCUACCAACAACCCACGGCGUCAUCUAGUUAUGUCAGUCAAUAUACUCCAGAUAUACUUCAUUCGGCUCGUAUGGCCGCGGCAGCAGCGUGCUUAAUAUCGCCGUUGAACAACACGGUUCUAUCUCAUUCAUCCCACUUCCCAUCGUUUGCAUCUGACGCCAGUCCUUCAGUUAACACAAGUGCACCAUCAACCGUUCUAGGAAACCGUGAUUCAGAAGCAAGUGAGAAUUAUGAUAAGAAGCGAUUUCAUGGUGCCGAUGUAUUCUGCCCUACCUCAGUAACGUCGUACUCAUUUCAACAGAACGUGUUACAGAACAAGACAAGGUCACGAGUAGCGAGCAGUUGUGUGGAAGAGUCACAGUCUGUUGCAUCAUUCCAUAGUGAUUCCUUCCUUGCUUUGAAUAAAGUUGAGGGGACUAAUACAUUCGGUCCAUCCGUUGCUGAAACAGGGAGAACUGUGACCGUUGAAGGUUCACAGUCACCAUCUGCUACAACAAGAUCAACACAUUCAUCAGAGCAUCAGUUUCCCACAACUAUCACCAAUGCGGAAAAACGCUUGGACGCACAAUCAGGUAGAGCACCCUUGAUGAAAGCCCGUCACCACCAUCAGCAAAAUAACCUAGAUUUCGAAGUUCGUCUUUCUGCAAAUAGCGCCCAACCCAGUGACCCGGAAUCCUGGCUGUCUCAACCCCUAUUCACAUACAACGUGGCCAAUUUAACCAAACCACCUACAGAGCUGGGCGAUUACUUUGGCCACAUGCCACCUUGA